GAAAGAGUUUGUUUUUAUUAUUUUCGCYUUGGUUGCUUCAUUUACGUCCAGAGUAGAGUCACAAACCUCGCAGAUGAAAAAUCAUACCGGACUGUAUCUUGACUAUGGAAAAUUUCUCAAGGAACACAACGUAGACAUCUGGACCAAAGCAGUUCUCAUUUUCUUGGUUUUGAUUGCACUUCUGACGGCCAUUUUUAGCAACAGCCUCAUUAUCCACAGUGUUAGAGUCAACCGACACAUGCACACGACCAUCAACCACUUCAUCGUCAACAUGGCCUGUGCUGAUAUUCUUCUUACUUUGGCCAGCAGUCCUUUUGUCAUCAGGUUUAAUAUUGUGCAUUUUGCCUGGAUCCCAGGUCGGUUGGGGAGCAUCACUUGUGUUGGGUACGCGCUUUUACAACUCAUAAUAUCGAUUUGUUCAUGCUUCAGUCUUGURGUGAUAUCGYUUGAUAGAUUUAUGGCAGUAUGUCUCCCUCUAAAGUACAAUCGCCGUCGCCCAAAAAGCAAAUAUCUUAUAUUGCUAACAUGGAUACUAUCAAUUGGCUUGGGAUCAACAUUCUUCGAAGGAGCAGAGUUGGUGACUUUGCCUAGUCAAUCCAAAUCAUAUUGCAUCCCUAAGAGCGGAAGUGAAACUUCAAAAGCAUCGAUUGUUUGUAUUCUAGUUCCAAUUGCUGUCGUCAUCAUACUCUGCUUUGCGACAGGAUACAAGGUKUKGAAGAGAAAAGUCCCCGGAGAAGGUGGACAACAGGCUGCUAAUAGGACAUCUAGGAAAGUAACCUACAUGAUAAUAUCAGUUGUUUUGGCUUUUAUUAUAGCAUGGACUCCUACAUCUCUCGUUGCCCUUCUUUUCAAUCAAGAGCCCAGUGUGUUUGUUGUUAUUUAUCCUAUUGCUUAUUCAUUCAUAUAUCUCAACGGCUUAUUUAACRUUGCUAUCUACUAUAUCUUCAGUGAAAACUAUCGUAGUGCWUUMARAGGUUUSUWCAGCAAAKUACGGCAAAUGUUUCCACAACGGGCAACCACCAUUAGCAAUAAUGAUCAUGGGCUAUCGCUGGAACAGGGCGUAGUGAAUCUGGUUGCUUUGACACCAAUGAAUAUUGCCUGAUGUAUAUAGAGUUGUUGUUAUAAUUAUGCCUAUGAAUACUGCUAUAAAAGAGACUUUUCUUUUUUAAUUGUUAUUGCCUAGCUUUACAACUUAAUGGCACAAUUCUUAGAGGAGUGCCUGAUGUGAUCAAACUCGAAUCAGUUGGUUAUCAAAAAGUAUUAUCUGAAGCAGAUGGCAUAUAUUUCACGAUCAAUCUAAUGUAAAUAACAUCAAUUCGGCGGAAAUUAAAAACAUGGUGUGCUGCUAUAUAAAGGAGUAUAUCUUAAUAAAAUAUUGAGGAUUCCGUAAUUGAACUUAUUCGUAAUGAUUUUUUUUCUGUGAUGGGGUCCUUUCRAUAAAUA